CACACGUCAUGGGAUCAAAGACCUCCCCACUGUGACUUUCUGCCCAAAAGUCCGAGACUGCAGCACAAACACAAACCCGUGAUCCACACUUUCUUUUGUACAGACUGUGGAGACGUUUUGGAGACGUAUUGUGCAGGUGCACCAAAUAUGCCUCCUCCAGCUACAACCAAUCUGGGCUACACUCCCCCGGAUGGAGGCUGGGGCUGGGCGGUCGUUCUGGCUUCUUUCAUCUCUAUAGGAUUCUCCUACGCUUUCCCCAAGUCCCUCACUGUGUAUUUCAAGGAGAUUCAGGAAUAUUUUGGCGUGUCCUACAGUGAGAUAGCAUGGGUGUCCUCUGUCAUGCUUGCCACCAUGUAUGCAGCAGGGCCCAUCAGCAGUGUUCUGGUGAAUCGUUACGGCAGCAGACCUGUGGUGAUGGUGGGUGGGUUGAUUCUCGGCGUUGGCAUGAUCCUAGCAUCCUUAGGCACUUCCAUCAUUCAUCUUUACCUCUGUGUUGGAAUAAUUGGGGGUUUUGGACUUGCCUUCAACUUACAGCCUGCUCUGACCAUAAUCGGCACUUACUUCCAGGCCAAAAGGCCACUCGCCAAUGGUCUUGCCAUGACAGGCAGCCCAGUGGUUUUGUUCACUCUGGCUCCUCUGAACCAGUUUCUGUUUGAUUCGUUUGGCUGGAGAGGGAGCUUCCUCAUUUUAGGAGCCAUAGUCCUGAACUGCUGUGUAGCUGGUUCUCUGAUGAGGCCAGUGAAUAAAAUGGCUGUGCCUAAACCAAAGGCAGAGCCUGCAGAGGUUAAUGGAGCAGAGGACGCUGCUGCAGAGGCCCUUAGGACUGAGGACAACCCUAAGAGCCAGAGCUGUGUGCACAGAUUCAUCGACUUCUCCCUCUUCAAACACAGAGGCUUCCUCAUUUACCUGGUCGGGAAUGUUGUUAUGUUCUUUGGCUUCUUUGCUCCUGUUGUCUUCCUUGCACCGUACGCCAAACAUCAGGGAAUAGAUGAAUACUCUGCAGCUUUUUUGCUCUCUAUAUUUGCCCUCGCGGAUAUGUUUAUCAGACCAGCGACUGGCUUUAUUGGCAACACUAAAUGGAUCAGACCAAAGAUCCAGUACUUCUUUGCCUUUGCAGUUUCAUACAAUGGUGUGUGCCAUCUCCUGUGCCCACUGCUUCCUGGAUAUGCAGGUCUGGUGGUCUAUGCUGUGUUCUUUGGAUUUGCUUUUGGGAUGUUGUCGGCCCUUCUCUUUGAGACUCUCAUGGACCUGGUUGGAGCUAAGCGCUUUUCCACAGCUGUGGGCCUUUGUACUAUUAUAGAGUGUGGGCCUGUGCUGCUGGGGCCUCCCAUGUCAGGGGCCCUUGUGGAUAUCUUUGGAGACUACAAAUACAUGUACUACACAUGCGGAGUGUUUAUGCUGGUCCCUGGACUCUUCUUCUUCAUCAUGCAUUACUACAACUACAGGAAAGUGGAGGAGGAGAAGCACAGAGCAGCAGUGGAGAUGAGGACUGCUGAAGACAGAGUGCAUUUGAACAUAGACCAGAAGGACAAAUCAGAGGAUGUAAUGGAAAAAUGAAAUGGACCAAAGUACAGAAGUGCGCUUUAAAUUUACUUACUUAUUUCUUAUUAAGCCUAUUCACCACUGACUUUAUAACAUUUAAAUAAUAUGUAUUUUUUCAACAUUUAGGUUACAAUGACCUACUAAUACAGACCACUUGAUGGCAGCAUUCUCCCUAAUGUGAGGCAUAAAAUGAAAUCGGACAGAGCAGAUCAGAUAAAUGUAUUAGAGACUGUACAAAUAUGUUAUGCAUUAUUCUGUGAUGAAUUCAGUAACUUUUUACAUCUGCAGAAAUACAUACUUCAUAAAAACAUUAAAGGUUUUAUAUUACACAGAAUUUAUUUUUGUGAGCUUUAGGUCAUGAUAGAAUGUUGUUACAUACCCAGAAUUGUGUUCUGUUUCAUUCACACAUCUCUGAGAAACCCUUUAUUAUUAUUCUGUCUGCAUCUUCAAAACUGAAAAUCCCUUUUUCCACCUUGUGAUGUCAUGUAGUGGUAGUUUUUGAGUUAACUCCUACCUUUUAUCUUUUGUUUAGUAGAAAUUGGAAAUUCCAGCCCUGAAAUCCUCCAAAUGAUUCUAGUGAAUGUGUACAGACAUAGAUCAGAAAAUAACAUAAUAUGGGCCAUUUAAUACAAAGUCUGACAAAUAAUAAAAAAUAUAGUUGCAGUGCAUAAUGCAACAACUGAAAUCCUAAAGAAAAAAAAAUUGCAUUUAUAAACUACAUAUAAAUUGCUUUAAAUUCAUCCCAUACCAAACAAUGAGUCCAGGUCACCCAGUUUAACCUUUGGCUAAACAACACAUAAUUAGAAUGCUAUGUUUGAAUGCAGUCCCAGUGCUAAAUGAUCUAUCCUUAUCAAGUCCCUGCAAGGUGCAUAUUGACUUUUCCUUGUAGAUGAAUGAAUAUUGUGCAUGUAAGCAAAUCAAUACGUUUAUAUCUAACCGGCAGAUAACAUUAUGGUAUAUGAGAGGCAGCCCUAUUGUUUAUGUUCAUGCCUUAUGGCUAAGUGGUCUGGUCAAGCAGGAAAGCUUUUGUCAAGAGGUAUUGAUGAAUUCUAGAUGUUUUCUUGUGGGAAUAGGGUUAAUGGGUGGGCUCAAAGUGCACUCUUACACAUUUCACUGACAAAACAUUUUAGCCAUAAUUACUGUGAUGAGGUGUGAUUGAUGUCUGUUAAACUGUCAUUAAUUAGGAGACUGAAUUCGCAAGGCAGUGUGAGAUUGCUCCAGCUAUCAUUGAGAGUUCAUGGUUUUGCCCCCAAAGUUUUUUUUUUUUUUUACAAAAGCAAAUGGUAUAUGGGAUAAGGGAGUGUGUAAUGACAUGAGUGAUACUGUCUUUUUAAUCCAGCAUGUUUGCAAUAAUCUCUGCUAAUCUGCUUUAGCCACAGCGGCAGAACUAAUCUGUCUUCUCAGUGUUUACACUUGGAGGCAGGGCAGCAUCCUGGGAAUAACCAGGACUAAAGGGUUUACUCAAGACUGUGAAUGGGGAUAUUAAUGACAUAUGUCCAGUUUAAUACUACACAAAUAAUUACAUGGGGAAUAACGUGUGGUGAGUUCCAGUUAGACUAAGAAUGACAAUUAGAUACCAGAAUAUCUAACUGAUUGGCAGUCAGUUUAUUUAUUAAUGAUGGUGUGGUAAUGUUAACCAUAUGAUUUCACUAUUUUUUAACAAACUUCUUCUUCUUCUUCUUUUUUAAAUUAAUUAAUUAAUUUAUUUUUUUACAUUAAUUAAAUAAAAAAAUGAAUAAAUGUAUAUUAUAUUUAUAUACAUUUAUAUAUAUGAAUAAUUAAAUAAAUAACAAGAAGAAUCUGAUCCUUGCUUGUGUAUAGCACCUUUCUGUGGAGGUCUAAAAACUGUCUGAUAAUCGAUA